AUGGCAGGGAAGCAAAAGGGGCUAUCGGGGUUUACACCUAUCUCCGAUCGGAUCUUCAUCCGUAAUGAAGACUCAUCCGAAACCACCAAGAAAACACCAAAUGAUCACCCCACAACGAUCAUUAUAUACGGAUGGGGUGACGGCAGCCCAAAGACUGUCGCCAAAUAUGUCGAUGGUUAUAAUAAGCUAUUCCCAGGGGCUCGGAUCUUGAUGGUGAUAUCAUCAACCUUUGCAGCUACGUCUCAGUCGCUUGACCAAAGAACUAAGGAUAUGAUGCCUAUUAUCGACACCGUAUUUCCUACUCCUCAUGAUGACUUGUCAAGAAUACUUUUACAUAUCAUGUCUAAUACCGGCUGUAUUUAUGCUGCUGCAACAUUGAACGCCUAUCAAGAGCGUCACGGAAAAGACAAGGCUCUUCCCCACCAUCUAUGUAUAAACGAUUCUACGCCCGGUAGUUUUGACUUCGCUAAAGAAGUAGGGCGAUGGUCGAAGGCAAUGGCAGUAGGAACAGCCAAAUGGUUUCCAUGGCCGUUUACAGUGACGCGGCGAAUAUGGUGGACAUUCUUAUAUACAAUGCAUCUUAUUGAGAAAGCCAUUGGAAGGGAGCCUUCCGGGAUCUAUAGCGGCAGGGUAUUCUUGGAUCACUCAAUAGCAACACCUAGAGCUCCUAGAGCGUACCUAUAUUCCAAGAAGGACGACAUUAUUUGGUGGGAAGACAUUGAAGCACAAGCGAAGGUAGCAAAGAAUAAGGGGUACAAGACAACGUUGGAAAUGUUUGAUGACUCCCCACACGUCGGCCACAUGAGAGUGCAUCCUGCUCGAUAUUGGUCUACGAUAGAAAACCAUUGGAAGGCAACAGUGGCGUUAGAGGAAAAAUUGAUCAUACGCAAUAAACUCUGA